AUGGCUGCUAUAAUGGACGACGACAUCAUCAAUAGCAUCAUCAGACAGUUGAACCCCGGCGAUCGUGCUGCUGGCAGACAGAAAGCACUUGAUUCUGCACGUCUUUCCGGGGUGUGUCCAUGGUUUCUUGACCUCUCAGAGAUACGAGGUUGGCUGAAUGGAACGGGUCCCCAGCUCCUCUGGCUCGAUGGUCCAACUGCAACUGGCAAGACGUUUCUGAGCUCGAAAGUCGUCAAUCAUAUUCGAUCCGACGACCGACUACGAGCAAACAACUCUGCAGUUGCUGUCGUCUACGCCGAGAAAAGCUACGAACACCGGAAUAUCGCCGACUGGAAUCUUCGACUCUCAUCCGUGGCCAGGCAGCUCGCAUCUCAACUGCCAACUUCCUCCGCUGCUCUAAAAAGGGCUCUGGCCAAGUUCUCCGACACUGAUGACGACCAACUUCACUCGAUUCUGAGGACAAUGGCCUCCGAGUUUGGAACCGUCUUCGUCGUCUUUGAUGGAAUUGGCAAGGUAACUACCAAAAGUUUGAAGGCACUAAUGCGUGUCCUUGGUGGAGGCCAUGAAGAGAAGGCUGUGUUCCAGGUGUUGAUAACCAGUCGUGGUCCACCUCCCGAUGGUUUCACGGCUCAGUUCGAGGUCUCUAUCGUCGAGGCUGGGGCUGAUAGUAUUGACCUGAAAGCUUAUGUGACCUCUGAUUUGCGAGAUGCCUUCCAAGAGCUCUCUCCUCUGGAGUUCUCGAAGCAAGCUUGCCGCAGAAUAAUGGCACAAAUCAAAUCAAGCAAAUGGGGAGAUAUGAUCUGCUGCGUCCUCUAUCACCUGGCCAAAAUCAACGAGUUCGGAUAUGAGUUCACGAUACCAAUGGCAGCAGACGCCUUGGACGCUUGGAAGAUAUUUCAUCAAGACGGAUCCCCAUAUACCGCUGCGGACAUCAUCGAGAUUUGCGCUGGGCUUUAUUACUUCAGCGAUGACAACCAAACUAUUCGCAUUCGGUCUCCUAUUCUAGAGCAUUAUCUUCGGCACGAAGAGUUUGGCAGAGAAUACGAAGAGCUUUGUACGACAGCGCAGAUGCGGUAUCUAUGCAAGCCUGAAUUCUCCAGCGGAGCUUGUGCAUCCUCGAAUGAGCUUCGCGAACGGUUCAAAAAUGACAGAUAUCUCUGGUACGCCGCAAGGAUGUUGGCUCCCAAUCUCCAUCAGCACAUGCCCAAAUCCUUCGUAUUCGACUUCAUGGUACUUUCAUCCAACCAGGGGUCCAUUGAUUCGUAUCUACAAGCAGCCAACGCCUGGCCAUAUCAGGAUGAAGUCGCCUAUGAUGAACUGGAGGAGAGUUCAGAAUACUGGAAUUGCUUCACACGCGGCUUUCGGCCUCUUCACCUCGCCGUACAACUAUCAGACUCGGCCCCGUUGAUACACACCUUGGCAGAACGAGGGGAAGAGCUCGAAGCGCGUAAUAAAGACGGUCAAACCGCACUACACAUCGCCGCGCAAAGCCAGGGAGAAUGCAAUGCCCUCCGUGCUCUUCUCGCCUGUGGCAGUGACGUUUCUGCCGUGGAUGAGAAUGGUGAAACACCACUCUCUCUGGCGAUUGUGUGGGGGAGCGUCGAGUCUGUCAAGUUGCUGUUCAAGUACGGCGCGGACAUCAGCACCGUUGAUGAGGAAGCUCUUGAAAUGUGUACACAAGAAGAGCCGGAGAUCGCCAAAUAUUUGGCUGAGCGUGGCGUUGAGAUGCCGGUUAACGAUGACAAUGAUGACAGCUCAACGGUCUCUGAAUAG